AAUGCUGAGCGGCCGAGAGGGAGCGGUGGGCGCCAAGGUCUCCGCUGAGGCCCCGCGCGGUGCCGCCGCACCCUAGAGAUGGGUAGUGGAAGUAUGUAGCUCUUAAGUUCUUCGUUGCUCGGGGGCAGAUGCGGGGCCUCAGAGCUCCUUUCCACACCAUGUGCCCAGGUGCAGGACUGCACGCUUGGGGAAGAUGAGGUGCCUUUUCCUAAUUCUCACAAGGACAUCAGUUCCAUGGCUGCAGUCACAGACGAAUCCCCCCUUGGUGCCUGUCCUGUGUGUUCAGGGGACACAUAGAAGGCCACGAGGAUGUUCAUUGCGCCAUUGUGUGUAAUACAGAAAAGGAAACUCCUUUUGAUCUCGCUGAAGUCCAUAUGGCUCUGUAUGAUGAAGAUCUCCUGAACAAUCCUUUCUAUCUGGCCCUGCAGAAGUGGCGUCCUGACUUGUGUAGCAAGGUGGCCGAAAUCCACGGCAUUGUCUUAGUGCCCUGCAAAGGAAGCCUGUCCAGCAGUGUUCAGUCUACGUGUCAGUUCGAGUCCUACAUUUUGAUACCUGUGGAAGGACAUUUUCAGACCUUAAAUGGAAAGGAUGUGUCUAUACAAGGAAACAGGAUUAAAUUAGGAGCUGGUUUUUCCUGUCUUCUCUCAGUGCCCAUCCUCUUUGAAGAAACAUUCUACAAUGAGAAAGAAGAAAGUUUCAGCAUCCUGUGUAUAGCCCAUCCCUUGGAAAAGAGAGAGAGUUCAGAAGAGCCUUCAGCUCCCUCAGAUCCCUUUUCCCUGAAAACCAUCGAAGAUGUAAGAGAAUUUUUGGGACGACACUCUGAGAAAUUUGACAGGAGCAUCGCCUCUUUCCACCGAACCUUCCGAGAGUGUGAAAGAAAGAGCUUCCGUCACCACAUAGACUCGGUGAAUGCCCUCUACACCAAAUGCCUCCAGCAGCUUCUGAGGGACUCUCACCUGAAAGUGCUUGCGAAGCAGGAGGCCCAGAUGACCCAGAUGAAGCAGGCAGUAGAGAUGUAUGUCCACCACCAUAUUUAUGAUCUCAUCUUUAAAUAUGUGGGGACCAUGGAGGCAGGCGAGGAUGCCGCCUUUAACAAAAUCACAAGAAGCCUUCAAGAUCUCCAGCAGAAAGACAUUGGCGUGAAACCUGAGUUCAGCUUCAACAUCCCUCGUGCAAAGAGAGAGCUGGCUCAGCUGAACAAGUGCACCUCACCCCAGCAGAAGCUGCUCUGCCUGCGGAAGGUGGUGCAGCUCAUUACGCAGUCCCCCAGCCAGAGAGUGAACUUGGAGACCAUGUGUACUGAUGAUCUUCUCUCAGUCCUGUUAUAUUUGCUGGUGAAAACGGAGAUCCCUAACUGGAUGGCGAAUUUGAGUUACAUCAAAAACUUCAGAUUUAGCAGCUCAGCGAAGGAUGAACUGGGGUUCUGCCUGACUUCAAUUGAGGCUGCGAUUGAAUAUAUUCGGCAGGGAAGCCUUUCCAUUAAGCCACCUCAGGAGUCAGAGGGCUUUGGCGACAGACUGUUCCUUAAACAGAGGAUGAGCUUACUGUCUCAGAUGACCUCAACUCCCAUCGACUGCCUGUUUAAGCACAUUGCAUCCGGUAACCAGAAGGAAGUAGAAAGACUUCUGAGUCAAGACUGUGACAAAGACGCCGUCCAAAAGAUGUGCCACCCACUGUGCUUCUGUGAUGACUGCGAGAAGCUGGUCUCUGGGAGGUUGAAUGAUCCGUCCAUUGUCACUCCAUUCUCUAGAGAUGACAGGGGGCACACGCCUCUGCAUGUGGCUGCUCUCUGUGGACAGGCUUCCCUCAUCGACCUCCUGGUUUCCAAGGGUGCUGUGGUGAAUGCUACCGACUAUCACGGCUCCACUCCGCUCCACCUGGCGUGUCAGAGGGGCUACCAGAGCGUCACGCUGCUGCUGCUGCACUACAAGGCCAGCGCCGAGGUGCAGGACAACAACGGCAACACCCCGCUGCACCUGGCCUGCACCUACGGGCACGAGGACUGCGUGAAGGCUUUGGUCUACUACGACGUGCAGUCCUGCAGGCUAGAUAUUGGCAAUGAGAAAGGAGACACGCCUCUUCACAUCGCUGCGCGCUGGGGUUACCAAGGCAUCAUCGAGACACUGCUACAGAAUGGGGCUCCCACGGAGAUCCAGAACAGGCUGAAGGAGACGGCUCUCAAGUGUGCGUUAAACCCAAAGAUCCUGUCUAUAAUUGAAGCCCAUCAUCUGUCCUUUGAAAAGAGGCUGAAACCUUCUGAGGCCCCUGCACUGUCCCCGCAACACUCUGUGGAUUCCAUCAGCCAGGGCUCCUCCACCUCCAGCUUCUCCUCCAUGUCGGCGAGCUCCAGACAAGAAGAGUCCAAGAAGGACUACAGAGAGGUAGAAAAAUUGUUAAGAGCAGUUGCUGAUGGAGACCUGGAGAUGGUGCGGUACCUGUUGGAGUGGACAGAGGAGGACCUGGACGAAGUGGAGGAUACUGUCAGUGCGGUGGAUCUUGAAUUCUGUCACCCCCUGUGCCAGUGUCCCAAAUGUGCUCCAGCUCAGAAGAAGCUGGCAAAGAUUCCCGCCAGUGGGCUCGGGGUGAAUGUGACCAACCAGGAUGGCUCUUCCCCACUGCAUGUCGCUGCCCUGCAUGGUCGGGCAGACCUCGUUUCCCUCCUGUUGAAGCAUGGUGCCAACCCGAGUGCCAGGAACACAAACCAAGCUGUGCCCCUCCACCUGGCCUGCCAGAAGGGCCACUUUCAGGUGGUGAGAUGUCUACUGGACUCUAAAACGAAGCCCAAUAAGAAGGACCUAAGUGGAAACACACCCCUCAUAUAUGCCUGCUCCGGGGGCCAUCACGAAAUCGCAGCCCUGCUCUUACAGCAUGGGGCCUCCAUCAAUGCUGCUAACAAUAAGGGCAACACGGCCCUGCAUGAGGCUGUGAUUGAAAAGCACGUGUUCGUGGUAGAGCUGCUGCUGCUUCAUGGAGCGUCCGUGCAUGUUCUCAACAAGCGGCAGCGCACAGCUGUGGACUGUGCAGAACAGAAUUCAAAAAUAAUGGAGUUACUUGAAGUAGUACCAAGUUGCGUUGCCUCACUGGAUGGUGACGUUGAAACAGACCACAAGGAGUGUGUGACUGUCCAGAUCAGGAAGAAAUGGAACUCAAAAAUACAUGAUCUGCCAGAUGAGCCUUUUACAAGACAGUUUUACUUUGUUCACUCAGUUGGCCAGCUUAAGGGAAGGACUUCAAGUGAGAUUAUAGCAAGAGAUAGAAGUGUCCCUAAUUUUACAGAAGGUUCUUUGCAUGAGCCAGAGAGGCGAAGAAUCACACAGAAGCAGUCACCUGCCAGAGCAGAGCAGAGCGGACUGCAGACGGCUGAUGAAGGAAGCGAUGACCUGCCCAAGGAGGGGCCCAGACUGACACGGUCGGCUCCAGCCAACCGGCGAAUGGUCCGCAGGCACACAGUUGAUGUUGCAGUUGUGCCCAAGGACCCAGAGUCUGUCCUGGAGGCUGGCAUCGCUCAGCCUCAACAGUUUGCUAAAUUUUCCACAAGUGAACACGCAACAAGAUGACACUCAGCACAAAUACAGCUUACACCUAAGUAUACUUUUACAUAACUGGCUUGAGACUUUGUCUUCAGAAGGUUCCUGAAAGCUUUUCUGUGGCUAAACUAAUAAAUGCAACAAAAACUUCUCUCUCCUCAAAGCUGAUGAAUACACUUGACAAGGAAGGGACCGAAAUUCUGCCAGGUGUCCGGCUCCUUCCUCUGAAGUGUUUCUAAGUAUUGGGAUUUCCAGGCUACAGGGGAAGGCUGCAUCAUCAGAUUACGACCACCUUCUACUGCAAGGUGCUAAACCUUGAUAAAUUAGCAAACCAAGGGCCCAGAGGAUCCCCUCGGCUGGGUAAGUAAGGAGAAGCAACUGAUGUUUCAGUGUACUGUGCAGGCCAGCCAAAGUGUCACAGUAAAAUGAAGAAAGGGAACCUGGAAAAUGUUCCUUUGCAAAGCAACACUUGAACAGAGAUGCCUAAAUGCCAUCCUGACAUUCAUCUUUGUGAACACGUCCGAGCCAUCUACACCACGCAUAUGGAGAAUGCUGGGUGGUUUUCUUCCAACAGACGUUUGGCCACUGCAUGUAUGUGUACCUGUAGCAGUGCUCCCAGGACAUGCCUUUCUGUUAGGAACCACCUCCCUUACAAGCAGGGGGUGGGGCUCAGCGACAGCACUUACCUGGUAUGGGUGAGGCCCUGGGUUCAAUCCCCUCCACCACCAACAAAAAUGAAAUAAAAUUUAAGAACACCUCUUAAAAGGUCACACACCUCAUGGAUGGUUACUAGAGAGUAGAUUUGGCACAUCUUAAGUUUUUUGAUUCAGAUUCAAAAUUUACAGCACAAACCAGGUCAAUGUUACUUUAAGUUAGAAUUUAUUGCCGUGUAUUACUUUUUAUAAAUUUCUAUAGAUUAUACUGUUAUUUUUUUAUGCUAUUGGCCUAAAGCUACAAACAUGGUUGUCCUCAGUACAUUUUCAAGUAACUUUGUAAUAAGGAAAUGGUUUUGUGCACGUUUUUGGAAAUACUUAUGUAUGUAUAGAAGGGAGGGAUUGGUUAUUUUUCUACAAAGUAACUUAUGAUUUCUAAUUUUCUAAUGUGCCUUGGAUAUGUGCCAAACGAUGGAAAAGAAAUAGUAAACUAUGAUUCUUCAGUGUG